AAUUUCCACGCUUCAUUAACAGCAUCUUUCUCCUCCUCAACAAUAUACCUAUACAUACAUUAUCUGUAUCUAUAUUAUUUUCUCUAGAUUCCGGCAAUGGAAGGAGGUGGAAAACUGAAGAAAGGUGCCGCCGGCAGAAAAGGCGACGGUCCAAGGAAGAAGUCCGUCACUCGCUCCGUCAAGGCCGGUCUUCAAUUUCCGGUCGGUCGAAUCGGUCGCUACCUUAAGAAAGGCCGUUAUGCUAAGCGCGUCGGUACCGGAGCUCCGGUCUACCUUGCCGCCGUUCUCGAGUACCUUGCCGCAGAGGUUUUGGAGUUGGCUGGAAAUGCAGCAAGAGAUAACAAGAAGUCGAGGAUAAUACCGAGACAUUUGCUGCUUGCAAUCAGGAAUGAUGAGGAGCUAGGGAAGCUUCUAGCUGGUGUUACCAUUGCUCAUGGUGGUGUGCUUCCCAACAUUAAUCCGGUUCUGUUACCUAAGAAGUCUGAAAAGGCAGCAGCUGCAAAAGAGCCUACCAAGUCUCCGUCCAAAGCUGCUAAAUCGCCAAAGAAAGCUUAACUGAUUCACCUGUUAGUAGAAGAGCAAAGCAUAGAUUGCUUCUUUAUGAUCAGUCUUUUGUAUGUAAUUUUCUGUUAUUGGGUUCUUUUACUUGGUUAGGGUUAUUGUAAUUUCUCUAGUUCUCUGAAGUUGUUAACAUCUUUACUUUUGGAUGAAAUGAUAUCUGAACCAUUCUAAUCAUCAGGCAUUGCUCAAGCAAAAUGUUUAUUCUUC